AUGACACUAGCUAGCUGGGAUUCUGCCUUGAUAUGCUCUUUUUCAAAGUCCUUCCCUACAUUUAACCCUUAUUCUCUCCAAGUGCUGGUUAGCCGUUCAAGAGCAGAAAGAAUCAUUGAAGAUAACCGGCGCACUAAAAAUCGAAACGAAGAAGAAGAAUUUAACUUCAGAACGGCAAGAACAUCACUUGGACAGAUGACAAAGUUGAAAGACCUUUCACCGAAGCAAAAAAGAAAAAAACAGUAG